GCAAUAUGGCGGACUUUGACGGAGAAUAGUUGUGAAUAGUUCUUAGAAUUUUGGAAUUUGUACAGUUCGAGAGCAAAGAUGAAGAUCAAUAUUGAUGGCUUGCUGGUAUAUUUUCCCUAUGAUUACAUCUAUCCAGAACAAUAUUCGUACAUGUUUGAAUUGAAAAGAUCAUUAGAUGCCAAGGGUCACUGUCUUCUGGAAAUGCCAUCAGGAACUGGAAAGACAAUAUCCCUUCUGUCAUUAAUUGUUGCCUAUCUCAUGAACAAGCCAUUGGAACUCACCAAAUUGAUAUACUGUUCACGUACAGUCCCAGAAAUGGAAAAGGUUUUAGAAGAACUUAAAGUUCUACUGGAAUAUUAUGAGAAGGAGAGUGGCGUAAAACCUAAAAUUCUUGGAGUUGGUUUAAGUUCUAGGAAAAAUCUGUGCAUUCAUCCUGAGGUAAAUGUAGACAGAGAUGGUAAGAAAGUUGACUCAAAAUGUCAGACAUUAACAGCAUCUUACAUCAGAGCAAGACAUAAAAAUGAUAGCAGAGUUCCUGUGUGUUCUUUUUAUGAGGAAUUUGAAAGCUGUGGUCGCGAACAGCAAUUAGCGCCUGGAGUGUAUAACCUUCCUGACUUACAAGAGGUUGGACGCGAGAAAGGAUGGUGUCCUUAUUUCCUGGCACGAUAUGCAAUUUACUAUGCUAACGUGGUCGUCUAUAGUUACCAUUAUUUACUUGAUCCAAAAAUUGCUGACUUGGUAUCCAAAGAGCUCGCAAAGUCGUCCGUCGUUGUUUUCGAUGAAGCCCAUAACAUUGAUAAUGUGUGCAUAGAAUCUAUGAGUGUAAAUAUUACAAAAAGAACCCUCGAAAGAGCUCAUAAUAAUGUCGAGUCGCUUUCGCAAACCAUAAAUAAUUUAAAAAUGUCUGAUACAGAGAGGUUACGAGAAGAAUAUAAUCAACUUGUUGAAGGUUUAAGAGAGGCGAAUGUUGCUCGGGAGGCAGAUCAAGUUAUGGCCAAUCCAGUUUUGCCUGAUGAUAUUUUACAAGAGGCAAUUCCUGGAAAUAUUCGGAAAGCUGAACAUUUUGUUGGCUUUAUGAGAAGGUUCAUAGAAUAUUUAAAGACAAGGUUACGUAUACACCACGUGGUUUCCGAAACGCCUUUGUCCUUCUUACAACAUAUUUACCAGCAAGUUUGCAUCGAGAGAAAGCCGUUACGAUUUUGCUCGGAGAGACUUCAGUCGUUGCUGUACACAUUGGAACUGCCAGAUAUUGCAGAUUAUGGACCACUCAGACUUAUAGCUAACUUCGCAACACUUGUAAGCACUUACUCCAAAGGUUUUGUUUUGAUUAUCGAACCUUUUGAUGAUCGAACGCCGACCAUUCCAAACCCCAUUCUUCAAUUCAGCUGUAUGGACGCCUCAAUUGCAGUGAAACCGAUUUUCGACCGCUUUCAAUCGGUCGUGAUCACGUCUGGUACUCUCUCUCCAGUUGACAUGUAUCCCAAGAUGUUGGAUUUCAAUCCUGUCACCAUGGCGACAUUUACAAUGACCCUUAGCAGAACAUGUUUGUGUCCUCUGGUUGUGAGUCGGGGCAACGAUCAAGUCGUGAUUUCGUCAAAGUUUGAAACAAGAGAAGAUAUGGCUGUAAUUCGUAACUAUGGAAUCUUACUAGCGGAAUUCUCAAUGGCUGUUCCUGAUGGAAUUGUCUGCUUUUUCCCAAGCUACCAUUACAUGGAGACCGUUGUAUCUGCAUGGAACGAUCAGGGAAUAAUUGGAAAUAUUCAGAAGAAUAAGUUGUUGUUCAUCGAAACACAAGACUCUGCAGAAACAAGUCUAGCUUUAAAUAAUUACCAAAAAGCUUGUGAGAAUGGUCGUGGAGCGAUUCUUCUUUCUGUCGCUCGCGGGAAAGUCUCGGAAGGAAUAGAUUUUGAUCAUCACCUUGGCCGUGCAGUCAUAAUGUUUGGCAUUCCUUAUGUCUACACGCAGAGUAGAAUACUUAAGGCAAGAUUGGAAUACUUGAGGGAUCAAUUUAACAUCAGAGAAAAUGAUUUUUUGACAUUCGAUGCGAUGAGACAUGCCGCCCAGUGUGUAGGUCGGGCGAUCCGUGGUAAAACUGACUAUGGAGUGAUGGUGUUUGCUGAUAAAAGAUUUGCAAAGAUGGACAAACGCGGUAAACUUCCCAAAUGGAUCCAGGAGUAUGUAAAAGAUGCCGCUUGUAAUUUGACCAUCGACGAGGCCGUUCAGGUUGCGAAGCAUUUUCUACGUCAAAUGGCACAACCUUUUCGUAGGGAAGAUCAGUUAGGACUGUCGUUGUUAACUUUGGAGCAAGUUCAGUCUGAGGCUUUUCAGAAAAAGAUCCAACAAGCAGCAAUGGAGGUUUCAUGAUGAUUUACUGUUGAAUGAAAUUGCUUCCUCGGACUAAUGCCACAUGCAGCAAUCAAGAAUUGUACAUCUCUAUGUGAUGGAGAAAGUUGACUGGUGCCACGCCAUAGUUACAUGAUCCCCAUUCGUUUUCCCACAUACAUUAGUCGCCCAGUCUACCUUUUUGAGGGUCUCGUCAAACUUUUUCCAAAUCCAGCUUCAUCUGGAAUUUAAUCGGUCUACCCAGUGUAGUAUUAUGAGAUCAGUUGAUCUGAUCUAAUCUUAUAAAUGCAGCACUGGAUCAUUGAUGAUGCACAUAACAAUAUGGUUUUAUUCGUACCCUCGUGUAGUAUGGACACGAAACAUGUUUGCAACUUUACAUUGGACAAACAUUUGACCAUUAAAACAGCGUGUAUAUUUUUACCUAAAUGAAUAAAUCCCUUUUCAAAGUCAUAAUGAAAAUAUCCCAGUAUUCCCAGUAUUCGAAUCAGAGACCUAAAAGUUACGAAACAAUUGUCUUCAUGCACCACUAGACUAAGACUGAUAGGACAAAAAAAACGGCGUGGCUAUCCAUACCAGGUAUCGAAAUAGUUGGAUUCAUAACCAAGUGUGGUUAUAUUGUUUAAUGUUUGUAUAUGAGCACGAAACAUGCUUGCAACUUUACAUA